AUGUCUGGAUAUUUAAAAUCUAUUUGCUCUGACUCCCAAGAGAUUGAUGAAGACUCCAUUCCUGUGAAAGAUGUUGGUCCAAUCAUUGAGUGGUUCAUUCAUGGUUUUGAUGGUGGUACUAGAAACUGCAUCACUCUAUCUACUGAAUUCGGUGAAUACAACUUGCUUAAGCCCAGUGAAGCAUAUAAGCCACUUAUGGAUAAUUUAUAUGAAAAAAUUUGGCUUAGUAAAGUUGUGGUCGAAUAUUUAGAAGAGUAUCAUUAUCUGCAACCCACAUAUGAAGACCUACUUGGUAUUAUCAGACAAGCGACUAUUCCUGAGCUAAACGAUAAAAAGAUGUCGGAGGAAAUGUUACAUAAACAUGCGCAGUUUGUCUGUGACCAAGUAGUUAGUUUAGAGACGAAUGAAGACGACGAACCCCUAAUUACCUUGCCAUGCAUCCGGGAGCUAAUCAAGUUAAUGGGCAUAAAAUUUGGCAAACGAAAGAUUCGUGCGAAAAUAGAUUACAAGAAAGUUGAUAAGAAAGCAUGGACGAAAGCCACAACCACUCCGCUAGUGCAGAAAACGUUUGAAAGUUUCUUUACAAAUCAAUUGGACAAAACGAACCACGAGUUAGUGUUGAGGAGGAAGAGGUGUGGCGUUUGUGAGGCCUGUCAGUUGCCAGAUUGUGGGGAGUGCAACGCUUGUCGUGCUAUGGCGAAAUUCGGUGGCCAUGGGCGGACGAAGAAAGCGUGCGUUCGAAGGCUGUGUCCAAACAUGGCCGUAGAACAAGCUGAGGACUCUGAGCCAGAGGAUGAGGAAGAGUACCGUCAAAUGCCGGAGCGCAAGGAACACAAGAUCGACGACGCGGUGCCUGUCAAACUGACCGGUUCCAACAACAGGAAGGUCACGUGGAUCGGCGAUCCAGUUAAGGCGGACACCACCAAAGUGUACUACGAGAGUGUUGAGAUCGAUGGUUCCGAGCUCAGAAUCGGUGAUUUCGUUAUGGUCGAAACCUCCCAGGUCAACAUUCCAGCCUUGGUCACGAGAGUGACCUACAUGUGGAAAGAAACAUUCAAUCCGAAAUGCGGCUAUUUUCACGGCGAGGUGUUCAUACGGGCUGCCGACACAGUUUUAGGCGAAGUUGGCGAUCCGAGGGAAGUAUUUUUAGGGGAUCGCUGUUGUCACGGCGCUCCCUUGUCUUCCGUUUUAAGGAAAGCUAACGUGGAGAUAAAGCAGACUGCCAAAGAUUGGUUCAAGCUUGGCGGCAAGGAAGUAGAUAAAGACUUUUUCGAGGACGAUGGCAAGACCUACUACUGCAACAAAUAUUACGAAAGGUUUACGGCACGGUUUGAAGAUUUGCCAGAGGAUCCGACUUGUCCUAAUGAGCUAAGAAAACAUAGGUUCUGUCCGUCUUGUGAGAGAAAAACCAGAAAAGACGCAAAGGACAUCCCUAAAGUUCUCGGCAAGGUUGUGGAAAAGUCAAUGUACGUCAAAGAAGCCAACAGAACAGAAUGGACUUCAGUUAGAUGGCAAGAUUUCGAAUACAAAAAAGGCAUGGGCGUGUUUUUAAAACCUGGCACAUUUAAACUUAAAAACACCUUUAACAAUAUUAAUGAUAAUAAUAACAAAAUUAAAUUGGAAAAAGUCGAUGAGGAUAUCUAUCCCGAGUAUUAUCGUAAGAGUGAUAAUAACCUACGCGGCUCCAACGUUGACACCGGGGAACCGUUUUGCGUGGGUCAUAUAGCUGCGGUUACUGCGGCAAGUGAAGGACCCCUUGUAGUUCCUCAGGAUAUUUACAUCAGAGUGAACAUUCUAUAUAGACCCGAGAACACUUCCAAUCGGUUCCCUCAGCAGGAAGACUUGAAUGUCGUUUAUUGGAGUGACGAGAUCAAAGAAAUCUCCUUCUCGUCCGUAGUGGGGCCGUGCCACUUGAUUUACGAAAGGAACGUUCCAUACCAGGAAACGCUGCACGAGUGGCUCGAUAAAGAUCCGAGCCGGUUUUACUUCAGAAUGGCAUACAAUAGAGCCACUAAGGAGAUUGAAGAUGUGCCACACCACGCCACCGCCGUCGGCAGGACCGACAAAGGUAAAGAUAAAGGCAAAGGUAAGGGAAAGUCAAGCAAGCCGGCCGAGCCGAACGCCGCGAACGUAGACGUGAAAGUCAGGCCGCUGAGGACGUUAGACAUAUUCGCCGGGUGCGGGGGUCUUUCGGAGGGCCUGCACCACUCGGGCGUGGCGGAGUGCAAGUGGGCGGUCGAGAACGUGGAGGCGGCCGCGCACGCCUACUCGCUGAACAACAAGGCCUGUACGGUGUACAACGAGGAUUGCAACGCCCUGCUGAAAGACGUCAUGUCCGGCGCCACGCACAGCAAGGGCGGCCUGCGCCUCCCCACGCAGGGGGAGGUGGAGCUGCUGUGCGGCGGGCCCCCCUGCCAGGGCUUCUCCGGCAUGAACAGGUUCAACUCGCGCGAGUACUCCAACUUCAAGAACUCGCUGGUCGCCUCGCACCUGUCGUACUGCGACUACUACCGGCCGAAGUACUUCAUACUGGAGAACGUGCGCAACUUCGUCGCCUUCAAGAAGGGCAUGGUGCUGAAGCUGACCUUGAGGGCGCUGCUCGACAUGGGCUACCAGUGCACGUUCGGCAUACUGCAGGCGGGCAACUACGGUGUGCCGCAGACGAGGCGGCGGCUGAUCAUACUGGCGGCGGCGCCGGGCUACCGGCUGCCUAUGUACCCGGAGCCGACGCACGUGUUCAGCAGGCGCGCCAGCUCGCUGACGGCCACCAUCGACGGGAAGCGCUUCGCCACCAACGUAAGCUGGGACGAGUCCGCGCCGAGACGCACGUGCACCAUCCGCGACGCCAUGAGCGACCUGCCGAGCGUGUGCAACGGCGCAAACCAGCUCGAGAUUGACUACGGCUCGAUGCCGGAGAGCCACUUCCAGCGCUCGGUGAGGAGUAAGGACGAGAGCGCGAGGCUGCGCGACCACAUCUGUAAGAACAUGGCGCCGCUCAUCCAGGCCCGCAUCAGCAGGGUGCCGACGACGCCCGGCUCCGACUGGCGGGACCUGCCGAAUGUGUCGGUGACGCUUUCCGACGGCACCAAAUGUAAGGUGCUGCAGUAUCGCUACGAGGACAAGAAGAAUGGGCGUUCAUCGCGUGGCGCCCUGCGCGGCGUGUGCGCCUGCGCCGCCGGUGGCGUCUGCUCCCCCCACGACAAGCAGGAGAACACCCUCAUACCCUGGUGCCUGCCGCACACCGCCAACCGCCACAACAACUGGGCCGGCCUCUACGGUCGCAUAUCGUGGGACGGCUACUUCAGCACGACGGUCACCGACCCCGAGCCGAUGGGUAAGCAGGGUCGCGUGCUGCACCCCGAGCAGAGCCGCGUGGUGUCUGUGCGCGAGUGCGCCCGCUCUCAAGGAUUCCGGGACACCUACCUGUUCGCCGGGUCCAUACAAGACAAACAUCGACAGAUUGGAAAUGCUGUUCCCCCUCCACUUGGUGCUGCAUUAGGUCGAGAAAUAAAGAAGGCCCUAAGUAAAACACAAAUAGCUAAGUGUUUA